AUGUUUCUUGAUUUACAUCCAUAUACUAUUUUAGUUUCAAUUUUCAUUAUUCUUUUGGUCAAACAGAUUGUUGGAAGAAUUGGUAAAUCUACAAUACAAGAGUUUGUAUGGUUGUUGUACCUUAAGAUUUCACCUAACCAAGCAAUCAAGGAUUAUAAUACCAAGAAAGUGGAGUUACAUGAGAUAAACAAACAGAAACGUUCAAUUAGUGCUCAAGACGAAUAUGCCAAAUGGACCAAAUUGAAUCGUCAAGCAGAUAAGUUGACUAGUGAAAUACAAAAGUUGAAUGAAGAAAUCCGUCAACUGAAGGCAUCAAUUGAUAAACUUGCCAAUGUGUUGCUUAUGGUUUUGACUACAUUGCCAAUUUGGGUUGCUAGGAUUUUCUUUAGAAAGACCCAUUUGUUCUAUUUGAGAAGUGGAAUUUUCCCAAGAUACAUUGAAUGGGUAUUGGCAUUGCCUUUCUUCCCUUCAGGCGCUGUCGGUUUGACUGUGUGGAUGUUUGCUGCCAAUUCAGUAAUUCACAAUGUUAUAUCGUUGGUAAGUUUUGCAUUUGAAAAGAGAGUCGAAAAACCAGUUAGGCAAAAGAAGUAA